AUGACCACACCCCGCUGUUUCAUCGUCCGCCAUGGCGAGACUGAAUGGUCGCUUUCGGGUAAACACACUGGCACAACCGACAUCUCAUUGACCAAGAACGGGGAGAAGCGAGUGCGUGCAACAGGUCGAGCCUUGAUCGGCGACGACAGACUGAUCGUUCCCAAGCAGCUGGUGCAUAUCUACGUGUCUCCUCGCCAUCGUGCCCAACGCACUCUCGAACUGCUCUACCUCGGAUGCCGCGACCCGUACCCCUGGCAGACCGGCAAUGAGAUAUCAUCUGAGACGUCACCGCACAAAACCGAUGCUCGCGUCACCGUCACCGAUCGCAUUGCCGAAUGGAAUUACGGCGAGUACGAAGGCAUCACGAGCGCCGAGAUCCGCAAGCUCCGCGCCUCGCAAGGCCUGGGGCCUUGGGACAUCUGGCGCGAUGGUUGUCCUGGAGGCGAGUCGCCUGAGGACAUCAUCGCGCGUGUCGACAAUCUGAUUGCCGAGAUUCGUGAGAAAUACCACGCCCCUGUCAUUGGGAAGCCCAAACAACCUGGUGUCACGGGCGAUGUCAUGGUCGUUGGCCAUGGCCACAUUCUCCGUGCCUUCGCCAUUCGCUGGGUCGGCAAACCACUUACAGAGACCGCCUUGAUCAUGGAAGCUGGUGGUGUCGGAACCUUGAGUUACGAACAUCACAAUAUUCAUGAACCGGCCAUUUUACUAGGUGGUGGCUUCGUGGUGGGAGAGGACAAGGAGGAAAUCGAAUGA